GCAACUUGGCACAUGCGCAUGCCUUCCUCUUCCUCUCCUCUCUUCUUCUCUGUUUUCACUUUCUCUCCUGCCUUCCGCCCUCACCUGCAGCAAUUUCUCCGUCCCCUUCCUUCUCCUUCAUCUCUCAUGGUAUCUUCAAUUAACAGUAAAACGUCAAUACCUUCACAUUCCUCAUUUCGCCAAACUCUUCAUCAUAAUUGAUUGAGAAGCGUCCAUCCUUCUUGAUUCCUCAGCAGCAGCGGCGACCAUGAAAAGCAAGGACGGAUGGGACAAUGGCAAGCCCUCCAUCCCCCUUGCUCCGUCCAAAGAUUCUAAGCCUUUCCUCUGUUUUUCUAUCCCCCGCCUCCUUUUCUUCUUCUUCCUCUGCAUUCUCCUUGUUUACCUUUUCUACCCGACCAACGUCUCUCUCUCCACCACCUCUUGCCCCACCUCCACCUCCGACGACUCCUCUUCUAUCCACCUCUCCGCGACCUACUCCUCUAAUCAGACGAUGACAGGAUUAUAUCCUUCUCCUCCUCCUCCACCGGCGACCUCGCCGGAAACCGCGACCAGCUUGCAGCACAUCGUGUUCGGCAUCGCCGCCUCCGCCAAGCUAUGGGAGCGCCGUAGGGAGUACAUCAAACUGUGGUGGCGCCCACGACAGAUGCGCGGGUUCGUGUGGCUCGACCGACGCGUCAAGGAUUUCGACUCCUCCUCAACUCGCGCCCUCCUCCCACCCCUCCGCAUCUCCGGCGAUACCUCCCGCUUCCCUUACACCCACCGGCGCGGCGACCGCUCGGCCAUCCGCAUUUCCCGAAUCGUGUCCGAGACUUACCGCCUCGGCCUCCCGGGGGUCCGCUGGUACGUCAUGGGCGACGACGACACCGUCUUCGUCCCCGACAACCUCGCGCGCGUCCUCUCCCGCUUUGACCACCGCCAGCCCUACUACAUCGGCUCCCCCUCCGAGUCUCACCUGCAGAACAUCUUUUUCUCCUACGCCAUGGCCUACGGUGGCGGCGGCUUCGCCAUCAGCGCGCCCCUCGCCGCCUCCCUGUCCCACAUGCAGGACCGCUGCCUCCGCCGCUACCCAGCACUCUACGGCAGCGACGACCGCAUCCAGGCAUGCAUGGCCGAGCUCGGCGUCCCUCUCACCCGCCACCCAGGCUUCCACCAGUACGACGUCUACGGCGACCUCCUCGGUCUCCUCGCGGCACACCCCGUCGCUCCCCUCAUCUCCCUCCACCACCUCGACGUCGUCCAGCCCAUCUUCCCCCGGGCCGCCUCCCGCGCAGCCGCACUCCACCGCCUCUUCGACGGCCCCGCCAGUCUCGACCCCGCCGGCCUCAUGCAGCAGUCCAUCUGCUACGAGGCCAACAGGCUGUGGACGGUGUCCGUCGCAUGGGGCUUCUCCGUGCUAGUGUCGCGGGGAGUGAGCUCGCCGCGGGAGAUGGAGAUGCCGGUAAGGACCUUCCUCAACUGGUACCGCCGUGCCGACUACACCGCCUACGCCUUUAACACUCGCCCAGUGGCGCGUCACCCAUGUCAGCGUCCCUUCGUCUACUACCUCUCGGCCUCUCGCUACGAUAGAGCCCGCCGGACCACCGUAACAGUUUAUGACCGGCACCGCGACAAGCGGCAAGCGUGCCGGUGGCGGAUUCCAGACCCAUCUUCGCUGGUGAACCGCGUCGUCGUCUACAAGAAGCGCGACCCCGGCCUUUGGGACAGAUCGCCCAGGAGGAACUGCUGCAGGGUGAGGCGUUCGCUGGCCGGAGAUAAGACGAUGGUAAUCGUCGUCGGAGUUUGCCGAGACGGCGAAGUCACGGAGAUAUUGGAUUCACAGGCUGCAAGUUGACCAUGCAUAUAUACUUAUGCCUCCUCCUGCUUCAUCUUUUUCUACAUCUACAACAGGAUUUACAGAUAUGUUUCUAUCAAAAAUUGAGAAAUGUAGUGGAGACGACUCUUUGAGAUAGACAUACACAGAUUACAUGCAACGGUUAAGGAGUAGUUAAAAGCACCGUCAUCAUCUUAGAACCGUUUGUUUCCUAAAAAAUAAUUUAUCUUUGUAAAGACUUUAAAAUAUUCUGCUAUUUAAUGCACAUAU